CAUGGCCCGCGCGCCCCCGCUGGGGCCCCAGGGCGGCGGGGCACGAGUCCUCGGGGCCCCAGGCUUGCUCCUCUAGCGCGCCCUCCCCGGCCCCGGGCCCGGCCCCGCGCACGCGUGGGAAAGUUGGCCUGGAACCGGCCCGACCAGUUCCGCCCGGGCGCGCGGACCGGCCGCAGGAAGUUGCUGCAAAACUUUUUUGGGGGGUGCAGCCAGUGCCCCCUGUGCGCUGAGGCCGGAUGCGCGCGGGGUAGGGUCCCCCGGGCCGAGAGGGGUACCCGGAGGGAAGAUCGCAGAGGGGGCGCCCCGGCCCCGCUGCCCUGGGGCUAUGGCCAUGGUGACCGGUGGCUGGGGCGGCCCCGGCGGCGACACGAAUGGUGUGGACAAGGCUGGAGGUGGACUGCGUGGUCUGCGGGGACAAGUCGAGCGGCAAACAUUACGGCGUCUUCACCUGCGAGGGCUGCAAGAGCUUCUUCAAGAGGAGCAUCCGCCGUAACCUCAGCUACACCUGCCGGUCCAACCGUGACUGCCAGAUCGACCAGCACCACCGGAACCAAUGCCAGUACUGUCGACUCAAGAAGUGCUUCCGGGUGGGCAUGCGGAAGGAGGGUGGACUCGGCCGAGUACGGCUGCCUCAAGGCCAUUGCGCUCUUCACGCCGGAUGCCUGUGGCCUCUCGGACCCGGCCCACGUGGAGAGCCUGCAGGAGAAGGCGCAGGUGGCCCUCACGGAGUACGUGCGGGCCCAGUACCCGUCCCAGCCGCAGCGCUUCCGGCCUGCUGCGGCUGCCGGCCCUGCGCGCUGUCCCCGCCUCCCUCAUCUCCCAGCUCUUCUUCAUGCGCCUGGUGGGCAAGACGCCCAUCGAGACCCUCAUCCGGGACAUGCUGCUGUCGGGAAGCACCUUUAACUGGCCCUACGGCUCCGGCCAGUGACUGCAGCGCAGCGGGGCGCGCCUCGGUGGAACGGGUCUGCACGCCGCGUGAGACCCACCUGCUGGGGCUUCCACCACCCCGCCCCCUGGCCGGAGGACCUCGGCAUCUUCCUCAGACUUCUAUUUUUUAAAGACUGUGAGAUGUUUUGUCAUUUUUUGUUUGUUUUUUAAAUGAUCAUGAAACCAAAAAGAGACGGAUCGCCCAGGUCCCAGCCUGGUUCUGCCCCAAACCCCAGGCCAAGGUGGCAGGGAGGAGGGUCAGAGGUCCCAUCCUGGGGCAGCCUCGUGGGGCAGCGUCCCGAGCAUGAAGUCAUGGGACAGUAGGGUUGGCUUUCCUGGCGGGAUGGACAAAUCUGGUGUCUGGACCCAAGGGACAGCCACAACCAGGCAGAGGGGUCAGGGCGGGCGGGCCCUCAGGACGCAUCCUCCGAGACAGACACUACAUGAAAAAUGAAUCGAGGCCGAUAAUAAAGAUGUUUCCUACCUGCA